AUGGAGAACACUGACUACACAUUCGCUCUCUUCUUGGUCAAGUGGGCAAAGAGAAAGAAAUUUCGCCCCAAGCUGACAAUGGCCCUCUAUGAGUAUGCCCUUGGGUUACCGAUUGAGCGACCCCUCAUUCCCGAUAAGCUAUGUGUAUCCUGCUCCGUCGUCUACGCUACCCAGUAA